AACGGUGCGUGCAACGUGGCCCAUAAAAACAUCCGGGAGCAGGGACGCUUCCUUCAGGACGUCUUCACCACGCUGGUGGACCUCAAGUGGCCUCAUACGCUGCUCAUCUUCACCAUGUCCUUCCUUUGCAGCUGGCUGCUCUUCGGCAUGGUCUGGUGGCUCAUUGCCUUUGCCCAUGGGGACCUAGACCACAGCACCCGGCUGCAGCGUGACCCUGCAGAGGGAGCAGCAGGGGCCCCAGAUAGCUUUGUGCCCUGCGUGACCAGCAUCCACUCCUUCACCUCCGCCUUCCUCUUCUCCAUCGAGGUGCAGGUGACAAUUGGUUUUGGGGGACGCAUGGUGACAGAGGAGUGCCCAGCUGCCAUCCUGGUACUGAUCGUGCAGAACAUCGUGGGGCUGGUGAUCAAUGCCAUUAUGCUGGGCUGCAUCUUCAUGAAGACCUCUCAGGCCCACCGCCGGGCCGAGACGCUCAUCUUCAGCAAGCAUGCGGUCAUUGCCCUGCGGGAGGGCAAGCUCUGCUUCAUGCUGAGGGUGGGUGACCUCCGGAAGAGCAUGAUCAUCAGCGCCACCAUCCGCAUGCAGGUGGUGAAGAAGACUGCCAGCCUGGAGGGGGAGGUGGUACCCCUCAACCAGAUUGACAUCCAGAUGGAGAACCCUGUGGGGGGCAACAGCAUCUUCCUCGUCUCCCCACUCAUCAUCUACCAUGUAAUAGACAAGAACAGCCCCCUCUACGACAUUUCCCCCCUGAACCUUCAUCACCAUGAGGACUUGGAGAUCAUCGUCAUCUUGGAGGGGGUGGUGGAGACCACCGGCAUCACCACUCAGGCCAGAACCUCCUACCUGGCAGAUGAAAUCCUCUGGGGCCAAAGGUUUGUGCCCAUCGUGGCAGAGGAAGAUGGGCGAUAUUCUGUGGACUACUCUAAAUUUGGCAACACAGUGAAAGUGCCCACCCCUUCAUGCACGGCUAGGCAGCUGGAAGAGGACAAGAGCAUUAUGGACACCAUGCCAUUGUCCCCUAAAGGCACAAUAAGGAAGAGGUCUGUCAAGCUAAAGCCCAAGUUUACCCUAAGUGAUGAGCCUUCCUGAUGCCUUUUGACUAGGAAACUCUGUUAGGACUUUGUGUCUGAAAGAUCUCAUAAACUCAAAACACUGAGGUGGCCUCUUACUUUAUUUUUAAAUUCAGGUUGGUAGCACAAGGUAUGUUCUGGUGUUAUUUAUUGUGGGAUAAUUCUAAAGCUAAUUAUAUUUUUUUAAAGGUGUGGGAGAUUUCAAGCAGCACUGGGAAUAGGGAAAUCAUGGUCUGCAGCUUUAAAUUUCAAUUCAGACUGUCCUAUUUAAUUGCACGAUCAUUUUGCAUUGAUUUAUCUGCAGGUAAUGACAUAUUUUCUCAAAAAAUAAAUGUAUUUAUCCUCAGAG